GUUGUCUAACAACAGGUUCUCUGAUGCAUUUGUGGAGGACAUGGUGGGUGCUUUGGUGUCGCAGACAACUCAUCCACUGGCACUCAUUGAUGCCUCUGUUAAUCAGAUCAGUUCAGCUGGAGCAAUGAAGUUUUGUGAACUUUUCACCUCAAGUUCACACCAGACAAAUAUCCACUCACUCAACCUAAGCAACAAUAACAUAGAUCACCAAGGUGUUAAGGCCUUGGUUGGCUGCGUUGGAAAGACUAGCUUGACCAGCUUACACCUGAACAGCCAAUCCAAGUCAUGUGAGGAGGAGGAGAUGGACGAGGUGCUCACUUCACUGGCACAGGCUCUAGGUCUGACGGUGCAGGGAUCAGGAGAAGCUGUGGUGGAAGCAUGCAGUGACCUGCCUAAAGUAAAUGUGGGACCCUAUACUGUGGUGCAGCUCAACAACCUGGGGGGUAACACAGGGCACAUGGGAAGCAUGUUGGACUGUUCAGCAAUAUCCACAGACUAUAAGAAGAAGAAAUUGCCACAUUUAUCUUUUCAUCAUGCUUUGCAACUAGCCUCUGCAUUCAAAGGUUAUGAUUCACCAGAGUGUUUACUGUCCAGUGAUGAGUGGAAUAUGAUUAUUGGAGCAGAUAAAGAAGCCCCAUCAUGGUUGCAGAUUGCUGACCACAGAGAUACUGCAGUGUAUAUGAGCCAGCUCCCAGCCAGUAUCACAGUCCAGAAGAUGGAGGGGAUUCUGGAGAUGGAGGCUGACUGUGAAGUGCAGGAGGUCUGCCUCAUGAAGGAUCCUAUAAAUAGAAAGAAUAACGGACUAGCAUGGGUACUGCUGGCUGAUAAGGUUUCAGUGGAAAGAGCAGAGAAGUUUUUCAACAGUGGAGAGGCAUUGGUAUUUGGCCAGGCCUUCAUGCUUAGCAGAGUUGCAGUGAAGAUUGAUGACCAAGCCAAUACUGAAGCUGAGAAAGUGGCAAGACUGGACAUGGAGAGACGUAUUCAGGAGAGGAGGGCUGCUGAGAGGGAACACAGGACUUUGAUUCAAACUAGCUAUGCCACAUCCCAGGCAAGACAUGCAUACAUGUUGGCAAACCCAGCAUAUGCUGAUGGUAGGGUGUGGUAAAUAUGAGGGCAAAGUAAUUUAAGUUGCUUUGUACUUUCUAAAGGUACAUUUGUGACAUGAACAUGUAACAGAAUGAAAAUAAAAUUGUGACCAUCUGAAGUCCAAGUGAUAAGAACUUGAUACAUAAGAAUUAUGCAUAAAGAUACGAUUCUAAUCACAUAAAACACUAUUACAAUAAUUGUAUUUUAUACUUAUUCAGACCAGCUUGCAAAAUUUUAGGUUCUUUAAUGCAGUCUUGUUUUUACUGUAUUGCAUGAAAAAAAACACAAAGUGUAUUUAUGUAAUCAAAAGUAAGAUAAAGAAAUGACAGUCGUAAGAGUAUGAAUUAUUCUAUGAAGUAUUUGUUCAUGAGAUUUCUUAAAAGAAGUAUUUGUCUGGCAACAACAUAUUUCAUAAAAUUAUAUAUAAGGUUAAUUAAUACACUUAAUCCCCUGCUACAUGUUAUUGCAAUGAAACUGUCUUAAUAAAAGAUCAAUAUUAGUAGAAUUACUUUUAAAGUUGGAAAUUGAGCAAGAUUUUGAUAGUUUAUUGCAAUAUGUGUUGCAUUGGUUAAACAUAUAAACAUAGAUAUAUUAUUAUUGUGACCUUUGAGAAUGAUGUAGGUUUUACUGUGCUCUAUGUUUGAGGCAUUAACAUUUUUGUAGGUUUAUUGAAAGUGUACUUAUUUGUUAUUUAAAAAUUCAGAUUUCAUGAUUUUGUGCCAAUUUGACAGUCUAGUAUGGUUGAAUUCAUGUGUUGGCAUAGUAAGAAUCCUGUGGUUAACAUUGAUCUCACUUUGGUGAACUUAAGCAGCAGCUGUGGUAAGUGCCAAUAUUUUUAAAGUGCCAAUAUUUAUACGUAGCAGAGAAGCAAAUUGAA